AUGAGAAAGGAAAGGGUGAAUUACCCAACAUGGGAGAUAUCAGUAUAUCAUCAUCAUAUCAUCAUAUUUAACGAGGAGAUAUCAAGAUGGAAAUGGAUUGGGUAUGUACUAAGGAUGAGAGUGAGACAGAUGAUAGCCACGCACAGCCUCCAGGCACAGGAGGUCAUCACAUGUGACCUUUGUGUCAAGCCUACCCAGCAGUUCUGUAACAACUGUCAACUCAGUUUGUGUGUGGACUGUGUUAGUAAACAUGUGGACAAGCUCAAGUACCAACAACAUGACAUCGUUCAUUUCAAAGACAAAAAGAUACAAUUUGUUUUUCCUGAAUGUGAAUUUCACUCCAGCCAGAGAUGCGAGGUUCACUGCCACCAAUGUGAUGUUCCAAGUUGA